CCCUUCCGGGCUGCGGGCCGCAUCACGCAUGCCCACCGGCGGCCGAGGAACGGAACGGAACCCCGCGGCCGCCAUUUUCUCGCCCUUCUCAGGGCAGGCCGGGACCGUCCCCCGCCGCGGCCGCCGAGGCAGUGUCUCCUCCCCGCCACCCGGCGGCGGCGCGAUGGGGUCCGCCCACCGCCGUUGGCGCAGGGUUGCAAGGGCGGCUGGGCUCCUCCUCCUCCUCUCAACCCGUCCGCCGGCAUGCCGAAGCUUAGCAAGGAGGCCAAGCAGCGGCUACAGCAGCUCUUCAAGGGCGGGCAGUUCGCCAUCCGCUGGGGCUUCAUCCCGGUUGUGCUCUACCUCGGUUUUAAGAGAGGUGCAGAUCCUGGAAUGCCUGAGCCAACCAUCUGGAGUCUACUUUGGGGAUGAAGGAAGUGGUGGUCCUGUUCUAGAACCAGCCGAUGGACAGAGAAAGUGUCUGAAGAUGCACAUUCCAGAGGAUGGGGCGGACACUUACACCAGCUGGCUCAAUCAGCUUGCUAAUGACAUAGGUUGUACAUAUAACAAAAUGGAGUUUAUAUGGACCUAACUUAUUUGCAUUACAGUGUAAUUAAAUAAAUACAAUUUGAAUGGA